CACACACUAUUUUUACUUCAUUAUGUCAUGUCUAGGACUUAGUUCUGUUUUCAGGAAAUAGGAAAAUAGACAUGAAAGGAGGAGGGGGAGAAGAGAUGACGAAGGGUCGGACUCAAACCCAUGGCUGCUGAGCCACAACCCAGCCCUGGCACAUGGGGCACCAGCUCUUCCAUUAGAUUAUUCUAGAUAUUCCAAUAGAUGUUAAACACUGGACUUUUAAAUAUGAUGUUAACAUGUUAGAUAGUAUCUGACUGUGUAACAGGUUAUUUGUAGAAAUUUGAUUCUUCGGAUUUGAAAUAUAUUGAGCACAUGUAUGAGUAUCAGAGUGGAUUUUGCUGCAGUGCUGAGAGGAUGAAGAAAUGUCAGUGGAUAUUUUGAUGCUUUGCUGUGAAACCAUGGAGUAUUGAUACUUAAAGCAGCUCCUCUACACUUUUACGUAUGUAGGAAAUGCAUAUAUGAUAAUCACUCAUAUUUACCAUAUUUUUCAUGCUUGAACCACAACAGGAUGAAGCAAUUGACUCUGGCCAGAAAGGGCGGGGGUUUCACACUUCCUUAUAAGAGGAGGUGUAGAUUAACAGCAACCUAGUGCAUGUUAUCACUGACCACGUUUACUGUUUGGAUACAGAGGGAAACACAUCAGACGUUGGUGUAGGAAACUCAUUCAGGUGGCUCUUGCAGCUAAGGUUUCACUGUGAAGAAUGGAAGAUCUCUACAUCAACACCUCACAGGACAAAAUAUAUGAUUACAGCAACUUCAGCUUUGACUAUGAAUAUCACAAUAAUGUAGAUAUGAUUUAUUAUUAUGAAUAUAAAAAACUCCAGUUCAUCAUGCACGUGGUGACAUGCAUCAUCAUUUGCAUCGGCCUACCUUCAACCCUCGUGGCCAUCUAUGCUGUUUAUUCUCAGGUGCGAAAUGAUCAUGUUGCUCCGAUCUACGUCAUCAACCUUCUCAUUUCUGACCUCAUUCAGCUCUGCAGCUUCAUUGUUAUGGAGGCACAAUCUGAGAAGCGGGAGAUAGUUGCAUUAAUUGUUAACAAUUUUGGUGUGGCGGCCAGUGUUGGCUUCAUGGCGUGUGUCUCCCUGGAAAGGUAUUUGGUCAUCGCCUGCCCACUGUGGUACCGCUUCAGACGAACCAUCAAGACCUCUGUGGUGGUCAGUGUCAUGGUCUGGGCCCUUAUUCUUGUUGUUCUUCUCACUUUCUAUUUCUGGGUUCAUCCUGAGAUCACAGAUACCGUCUUCGGCAUCUUCCUCCUCCUCCCCCUCCCAGUGUUCAUAUUCUUCCUGGGUGGGAUCCUCAAAGCCCUGUCUGCCAGCCGAGUCCCCUCUGAUGAAAAACGACGAAUUGUGGGAAUUCUGGUUCUGGUGCUGCUUAUUUACACGCUACUGUUUCUGCCCAGGAUAAUCUAUUUCCUGACAUACACAUGGAACUAUAUCUUUGACAUGUUGUCCUUAAUGUUUGUUAAACUGAGUCCUCUUGCAGACUUAGUUCUGUAUGUUUUCAUGAGGAAAGGGACCAUUGACAAGGUUUUGGCCUCUGUGUGUUGCAAAAUGGACAGCAAUGAUAUCAGCAGUUCAACAACAACAGUAUGAAUAAUGACAACAUUUACACAGUCAGCUUCAUGUAGGCAGAAAAAGAGUGAGAGAGAAAGGGGAGGAACAGGAGAAAUAUAAUCAAAUAGAAAGGACACAGACAAGACAGAUACUGUCAUCUACUGAUACGAUUUCCAAUAAGACACCUAACUGUAGAUAAAAGGAAGUAGUUGAGGUCAUAGACUCCUGUUGUAUGAAUGUGGAUGCUAAUGUAGGUAGUGGUGGGACAAAGGGGACCUUUAAUCAUGAACUUUAUUAUGAUGAAUCACUUCCUGUCACCUCAUCCCGUCACCAGGACAACAGGAGCGAAAUGCCUUUCCUCCUCCAACCUGCAUCAGAUGACACCACACAACAAAGACAUUUGGAAGCAGGGAAACAACAUUUCCCAGCCUGGCUCACAGGGUCGCCAGCUGAUCAGCACAGCACACCGGCAACUCUUCUUCCUCCGUCCUUUGGACUGAACGUACUGGGCAUAGACAGUUUAAGAUAACUUAACUGCAAGAACAGUUUAAUUACUGUUGAUGUUGCUGUACUGAUGUGUUUUAUUCAGGUCAUCUGGUCAGAUACACACACACACACACACACACACACACACACACACACACACACACACACACACACACACACACACACAAUUCAAUUGUUUUGCUUUUAUUAUCUCUUUAAUAAAUACUUGUGUUUAUA